GUUUACAUGGCAAAGGCGCCUCCGGUCUUGCAAUGGAUGCGCCAGCCGCUGGAUGUCAACUCUUUCGAGGAGCAAAGCCUCGAUUCUGUGCCAUUUCUUCAUCCUGGCUUGAUGGAAUCGUUGCGAAACGUUGGAAUUCACUCGCUAUUCCCCGUGCAAGCGGCGGUGUGGCACGAAACCGUGGGUCCUGGAGGUGGCGCCAGGGAUUUAAGCAUCUCGUCUCCCACUGGGAGUGGCAAAACUCUCGCGUACUCCUUGCCCAUCGCUCAAAGCCUCUCCCAGUGUCUUCUAAGGCGCCUUCGAGCUCUCAUUGUGGUGCCAACUCGUGAUCUAGCAAUGCAGGUGAAACAAGUCUUUGAUGCUAUAGCUCCUUCGGUUGGUCUUUCCGUCGGUAUUGCUGUUGGACAAACUUCUGUAGCCGCUGAAGCCUCUCAGCUCGUGCUUUUCCCUGGAAAGAUCGAUACUUGCUUCCGGGAGCUCCAUCUUGCCAGUGAUAAUCUUGCGGAGAGUCGAGUCGACAUUCUGGUUGCCACGCCGGGUCGGCUCAUGGAUCACAUACAAAACACUCCUGGGUUUACACUGGAGCAUCUUCAAUACUUGGUUGUAGAUGAGACAGAUCGACUUCUGCGUGAGGCGUAUCAGGAAUGGCUUCCGACCGUCCUUGAAGCAGCCAGUGCCAAGAACUUUUCUCCCAGCGACGAUAGUAAUCCCGGCAUUGGCUCGGUUCGCACCAUCCGCCGCUCGUGCUUAGAAAGAGGUAUCAAAGGCUGCGUCGUACCGAGGCUUCAGAAGAUUAUUGUAUCGGCUACUUUGACAAGAGAUCCAGCGAAGAUCGCACAGCUUCGGCUGUACCAUCCACUUUCCGUUGCACUGUCGACAUCGGACAACUUGUAUAAGCUCCCGGAGCAAUUGCGGUCCUACACGAUUAUCUGUAAGGCGCAACAAAAGCCAUUGAAACUCGUCACACUUUUGCACAGCCUGGGUGAUCAGCGAACAGUGAUCUUCACCUCGUCCGUGUCAAACACCCAUCGCUUAUCAACAUUCCUGGCGUGCUUCGAGGAUCUUCCUUUUAGAGCUGUCGAGUACUCGAGCUUCCAACAUCAGCUGGCACGAAGCAAAGCCUUGGCCGCGUUUAGAGCCGGGGAGGCACAAGUUUUGGUGGCGUCUGACGCAAUGGCCCGGGGAAUGGACGUCGAAGGUGUCACGCACAUAAUCAACUACGACAUGCCUCCUUUUGCGAGAACAUAUGUACACCGAGUCGGCCGGACUGCUAGAGCUGGAAGAUCAGGCUCUUGCUUCACGCUUCUUCGCAAGGAAGAGGUGAGGUAUUUCAAGAGCAUUCUCGCCAAGGUCCAAAACAGCUCCUGCAAGACGUACAAAGUGUCCUCCGAAUCCACUAAAGAGCUCCGUCCCCGCUAUUGGACUGCUUUACAAAAGCUAAAGGAGAUUCUGGAUGCCGGGGCUGGAAAGAAGGGGCAUGAAAUGUAUGCCGAAGAAGUAACAGCGGCUGAUGAUGCAGCGGUGGUGGCUUCACUGUUACCCGGCUAGCAAUCGAAGGAACAACAAGAAAAAAAAAAACAGUUGCGGCAUUAAAAACUCGAGCAACAGCCAACAAUCCACCGGUUGGAGGAAAGCUUCUUCAAUCGUUUUCGACCACAACAACAACAACACUAUGAGAGGCAGCGCUCGCGUUGGUGCUGCAAAACAGAAAGCAAAGGCUUCCCACUCUCAACAGCUCGACUGCCGCUUUCACAGCAAGGUCCACUAGUCACUGUUUGGAUUUGGGUGGUGAAAGUAACGCUUCGGUCAUCCACUGGGAAAACAAAAAUAAAAACUUCAGACUGGACCCUUGAGUGAUUGUCUCCUCUUUUUAAUUUUUUAUCUUCCAGAGAGAAAAUGGUGCUCUGUUUGAUGAUUCACAGAACCACUGCAAGGCUUUGUCAAAGGUCAAGUAGGAGGAGGCAAACUUUUCCAAGGAUUGUAAUUGCAGUCCGUGUGAUUUCGGGAUUACAAAACAAAGCAGGAGCUUGUGACGCCUCAUCCAUCGGGUCACAUGAAAGGUUUGCUUUUUUAUGUUUUUUUUGCUUUGAACAGCGAGUUCAAGGACGGAAGCAGAGGUUUGGCCUGCAAAUCCUCCAAGUUGCAUAUGCGACUCCAUUAAAACAAAGGAAAACCAUCCAGCGAAGAAAAGAGAAAGAUAGUGUCACCAUUCUGGGCAGCACUCUUGUACGACGAUACGGGCGGUGCUAAAUCGCUCGUCACAGUGUCAAAAGCUUUACAAAAAGGCCCCCAAAGACAAAAGAGGAAUAAUCAACGGAUUAUCAAAAGCAGCCACUUACGACGGCACAGCUGCCCGAUCUUAGAACAUUUUAAACUCGGCGACGAGAUCGUGCGUAUCAGCGGGAUUGGUAAUCAAAUCUUUUGUCUCCUCAUAAGCCUUGUUAAACGUUUAGUGGCGACAAGGUGACAAUCCAAGCAAGGUUCUAUCCAUCUUCAUCAUCCACAUUGUCUCCCGAUUAACCUAUGAUUUUCCCACU